GCUCCACUUCCUCGCUCCUGUCGCUUUAUUCAUCUGCUACAAACUCAGUGGAGAGAGGCAAAACGGAGGGUGAAAAGUGCGACGCGACGUUGGGAGUGAGGCAUGGAUGUGAGCAGCCUCCGAGCCCUAAAUCUGAAGUUCUGUUCCAUACCUUUCAGCCCGCGCCCUUUUAUUCGUCCCGCUUUGCUUGCAAAUCUCAAGCUCUUAAGGAAGUUUUCUCAGCCGCCGUCCACAACGAUCUCCUGUCGGCUGCAUUCCCAAACCAAUGGUAGUGCUGGGUCCAAUUUUGUGGCUUCAUGUGACAGACUUCUUAAAGUCGUUUUAGUUUCUCCUCAGAUUCCUGGGAACACAGGAUGUAUUGCUAGAACAUGUGCAGCAUCAUCUGUUGGCUUACAUCUUGUUGAGCCUUUAGGAUACAAAAUAGAUGACACCAAACUUAAGCGUGCUGGAUUGGAUUAUUGGCCAUAUGUGGUGGUUAAAGUCCAUGGAUCAUGGACUGAAUUCCGAGAAUAUUUUAGGCAACAGGAGGGAGAUAAAAGGUUGUUGGCAUUUACGAAGAGAGGAACAAACAUUCACUCUGACUUCUCAUACAAGCGAGGUGACUGGCUCGUAUUUGGAUCUGAAACUUGUGGACUUCCACCUGAAACCUUACUUGACUGCAGCAGCGAAGGGAUGGGCGGAGGCACCAUUCGCAUUCCAAUGGUUGACACCUACGUUCGAUGUCUUAACCUCUCUGUUAGUGUUGGGAUUUCUUUAUAUGAAGCAGCCAGACAGCUAAAUUAUGAACAAUUUCAGUUCCCUUCCGACGCUGCAAGUGAAAGCCAAAGACUAUUUAUGACAGAAGAUAUAUUUGGUUAGCUUCGAAGCACAGGAAAGUAUUAUUUGAUGGUUACCAGUGUAAACCUGCUUGGAAAUCACAGCUGAUGUGAAAAUAUCAUUUAUUCGAGUAUUAUUUUUCCUUAAGGCCACCUCGUCUUCCAACUUUUCCUGGUUUAGUUUCAUUAGUUCAUAGCAUUUUUGUAAUUGUUAUCCUCUGUGAACUACAUCUGAAGAUCUGAGUUGCUCAAAACUUGCACUUUUUCUGUUAGAAAUCCAAUUCUGUUUUAUGUAUGAAUAAUCAAAUUCAAAUACAUAUUGUUAUUACUUGAUCA